UUGGUGGGCCCAAGUCAGGUGGAAAAGCGGUGUGGGCAGGCCGAAUGUGGGGCGUCUGCAACCCCUGUCGUUCCUGCACGGUCCCUGCUCCUCCAACUCACACCGUGAACGCGUCGCGAAGACCAGUUCGUCCGUUCCCAUUCAACCCACUGCGUAACGACGACGGCGACAACGAAGCACAAGAUGGCCGCCACCACUCAAGCAACCGGCACGGCCGGCUUCACGCUACCCCUACCCUACCGCCUUUUUUUCCUACUCGUUGAACCGAUCGCGACCCUCGCUGGCGCGUACUCCGCCUUCUUCACUCAGCGGAGCUACCUUGAGCUGACACAUGCUGCCUCCGCGCCGUCGCCCAUCCCGCUAGGGACCUCGAUCGCCAUGUCGCAGCUUGCCAACCUCUACUUUGCGUUUGCCCUCAGCGAGGCCCUAGUGCUGCGGUCGACCUCCGACCUCCGCGUCUGGAACGCCGUGCUCUUCUGCUUGCUCGUCGCGGAUCUGGGCCACCUCUACACGGUCAGCGUCCUGGGCCCACAGAUCUACUGGAGCGUCCUCGAGUGGAACGCCAUCGACUGGGGGAAUAUCGGUUUUGUCUACCUCGGGGCCUCGAUGCGGAUUGCGUUUCUAGCCGGGAUCGGGUUUGCCGGCAAGGGCAAGCUCAUGAAAGCAGCUUGAGCAGCCAAUUCACGUAUGGGUGCGGGAAAGCCGGCGCUGUUUUCUGCACGACCUCUUCGCUUGACCACUCGCCCGCACCGACAUCAGGCCUCUGGCGGCUACCAGGGCUCGGCAUCGUUGGGGAGAUGCCAUCCCGAUGCCUCCCGCUGAGGACCCGUCGCCUUGUUGUUUC